CUUGUUAAAUGGCUGAACCAGCUGGACAGGUUAACCUAGUUAAUUUCCUCAAAUGUUCUUAACUACAUUUUCCAUUAUUCAGGAAAUUUGAGCCCCUCUGAGAGUCAUCAAAUUCUUGCUCUUGAUGCAACAUCAAGUUCAAGCAAUAAUUAUUUUGCCACAUUAGCCCACUUCCAAAAGCCAAUCUCACACUACAAUAUUCAUCAAUUCUUGCUCACAAUCCUAUAAAUAGACUCUUCCAGCAUUCUUUCCCCAACAUAGCUCAGAAAAAUUAUUCCCUAUGGCUUGUUUUCUUGUUCAAAUUCUUGUUCUCUUGUAUUUCACUGUUUUCUUGACGUUUUGUAGCACUACUAAUGGCAAAUUCUCAGAGAAAUCCCCAAUGAUCAUAUCCACUAAACGCAUGGAGAAAAUGACUCGCCUGCGUUUCUACUUCCACGAUAUUCCCAGUGGGCAAAACCCAACAAACAUGAGAAUUGCUGGACCAGAAAAGACAACAGCUGAUAGCUUUGGCAGCACUUUUAUGGUGGAUAGUCCAUUAACAGAAGAGCCAGAACCUAAUUCAAAACUUGUGGGAAGAGCACAGGGCGUGUAUGCUUUUGCUUCUCAACAUGAUGCUGGAUUGCUUAUGGUUUUAAAUUUUGCUUUUUUGGAGGGUACGUACAAUGGCAGUGCCCUAAGUGUUCUAGGUCGCAGUCCAGUGUUCGAUAAUGUAAGGGAAAUGCCAAUUGUUGGAGGUAGCGGGCUUUUCCGGUUUGCUCGAGGCUAUUCAUUGUCAAAGACAAUCUCAUCUAGCCAAAAGAGCAGAAAUGUUGUCGUUGAAUACAAUGUGACUGUUGUGCAUUUCUGAAUGUUCUUAUUACUAGUGGUAUCUGCGGUUUUCCUUUUCUUUUACCCAGUGCCUACUUGUUGAAUAUGUUCAACACUACUGGGUAGGAAGUAUUUUGAUUUUCCAAGAAUUGUUGUUUAAGAGUUCAGAAUGAUGCAUUGUACAGCAUCGUUUGCACUUACAUUUGCAAGAAAUCUGAGCUUUUCUUUUCAGUUCUGACACAAGAAAUUUGCAGGGAAGUUUGAUUUUACA